AUGGACACAAGGCAAACCACCGCGCUGGCCGAGAUGAACAAAAACCUUGACGACUUGCGUUUAUCACAAACUCAACAAUCAGAGGAAAUACGCAAGGAUCUUGGAGGAGAAAUCGCCGAGCUUAAAGCUAUGAUGGAAAAAUUCCUUAAUAGCAAUUCGCAGUCAACACAACAAGAGGGAAGUUCCGGCCUCACAGCUGCUGACAAAUCCCAGAAACCAGACCCACCAGAUCGCUUCACAGGAGAACAGAGUACAGCAAAAACAACACCAAUGAACUCCGACCAAAACGCUACUCCACAGCUCCCCAAUACACUCUCGUCACGGUUAACAAAAAUAGGGUUCCCGAUGUUUGAUGGAACAGCACUUCGUGAAUGGAUUUACCGUUGCGAACAAUUCUUUUCGAUCGAUAGUACUCCACCAGAAUUGAAGGUUCGUCUCGCCUCCCUUCAUAUGACCGGCAAGGCUCUUCAAUGGCAUCACGCCUACAUAGCCAACCGCUACAACAUAUUUCCACUAUGGCCCGACUAUGUCUCUGCUGUAUCGGAACGCUUCAGCGAACUUUUCGAUGAUCCUCUCUCUGAAUUAGUCAGUCUAAAACAAGCAAACGACUCCAUCGACAUCUAUCUGGAAAAGUUUGAUUGUGCUAUGACAAGGAUUACUUUGGCUCCUGCUCACGCCUUAAGUAUCUUCCUCACAAACAUGAAUCAGCAUCUAGCCUUUCAUGUCCGCCAGUUCAAAGCUUCCACAGUACCAGAGGCAGCACGAAUCGCGAAACUCCACGAGCUAUCCCUACUCCAUGCUCCGACAAAGACAUCACGGCCAACCUUCAACACGUCUCAGAGAUCAAACUUUCAACAAAACAAGAAUCAAUACAGCACAACAACACCAACAUCGUCCAACACCAGCGACAAUCAAAACAACAAACCGUUAAUACCUAAUGCACCUCAGAAACGGUUUUCUUUCGACGAGAUGCAGGAACGAAAACGUAAAGGUUUGUGUAUGUAUUGCGAGGAACCUUUCACACCUGGCCAUCAACUGAAACAUCGACGUUCAGAGCUUUUACUUCUUGAAGCCGACCAAACAGAAUUCGACGAAGAAAUCGCUUUCGACGAACAGAUACGCGAAACAACAAUUGCAGAUGAUGAUAAGGUCCCUACGAUCUCGGUACACGCAUUAAACGGUUGUCCGACGUUCAACUGUAUGCGCCUAAUGGGUCAAUACGGAAAAAGAAAACUGCAUAUUCUGAUCGAUCCCGGCAGCACACAUAACUUCCUCGACCUACAAAUUGCCAAGAGCUUGGGCUGUUCUUUAACACCAAUCAAACCAAUGGCAGUGGUUGCAGCCAGCGGUGACUUGAUAACCAAAUACAAAUGCAGCCCGUUCACGUGGAAGAUGCAGGGCUACGACUUUACAACUGAAACAAGAACUUUGGCGCUGGGAUGCAGUAAUUUGGUACUAGGAGUUCAAUGGCUAUCAAACUUGGGCCCUAUCCUUUGGGAUUUUCUGAAUCUACGAAUGGAAUUCAACUUCAAAGGUCUAAAACAUGUUUUCCGAGGAGCAACACCAAACAACCCCAAAGUCGUCACAGGAAACAGCUUAAACAAGUUAUUACUACAACAACCUCAGCUCGCCCUCCUCCACUUACGCGAGAUCAACGACACUACUUCACCGCAGCAACCACUUAACCCCGAGACUAUCUUCUACCACAUAGAAGCAAGCAACCCACAGCUCGACGAAAACGGAUCACUCCAACGAAUCCUUGACUCUUACUCUGAUAUCUUUGAUGAGCCUUCGUCUCUUCCUCCAUUCCGAGACGGUUUUCAAUCAUAA